GUCUACGGAAAGUGGACACGACUUCGUCCGGCACUCAAGUACCACCCACUGUAAUUUCUCCGGCCUACCCCAGCCAAGCGGCGGUCUUCGCCGAGCAAAAGGGCUGCAGCUGGGGCUAUAGCAACCGUCUGGUCGCUCAUCCGCUUCAACCGAGUCCUUGGGUCACUCCCAGGAACAUUGGAGGACCCCAGUGUACACAGUGUCCGGGCAUUUGUCCAGUUCCCAGAAGCUCCAGCAAUCCAGGAACUUCUUCACAGACAUCAUCGCAAAAUUCCACGACGAGGAAGCAGAGGCCCGUCAGCCAACCUAUACCAUCGAAUUUCAAUGGGGAAAUCGUACCAAAGACUGCAUUGCCGGAAAUUUCGGAAUUUUGUCCGAAUAGUCCACAAUAUGCUUCUAGUAGCAUUUUGGAUGAGGUGGGAGACAAAGACGAACAAUCAAGUGGGGAACCAACAUUAAAAACCCGCAGUUUGCCAGCAUGGGUCAGAUCAAAGCCCAGACCCCUGUCUACAGAAGACGACAUCAAUGAUUUGUAUGCAAAGGUGAACUUCAGCAAGAAGAGGAAAAAUCGCAUGCGAAACGAUGAAGCUGCGAUAAUCGCUUUGAGCAAGUCCCGAAGCCAGUUCUUGCAUAAGGAUACGGACUCCCUGGUGGAUAACGAAGCCGUCAUCGUAUACGAUGAGAGGACGGCUUUGUAAAUCAAUGUAGAAAUUGAACCAUGUUAAGUAGCGAAUUGAUCACAGAUCACAAUAUUUAAAUCACGAUAUGGAACGAAACAAACAUAUCGUACACCAUUUGAAGACUUUUUGACAGACAAAUAAAAUUUGUUAUUAGGUGUAAGAUUUUGAAACGUUUUUCAACGUAUCGAAUAUAAUUAUUUUCUGUGAUAAAACCUUUUUAGGCUUUUAUGGUUAGUUUAAGUGAGAUGGUGUAAUAUUUUAGAUUCGCAACUUUUUAUAGACUGGGCAUAUUAUUGAUAGGUUAGCAUAUCUAGAAUAUUUUCACUCCUACCAAUGAUGAGAAUUUUGAGAUAACAAAUUUAAAAGGUGGAGUUUUAGCUACUUGUGACUCCCUCUAUUGAAUACCCAAGCACAAAGUAAAUAUUCCCAAAUAUCAUAUCAGAAUGUGUUUUUUGCAUAUCUACUUCUGUAUUAGAAAAUUGUUCGUAGCUGAAAAAAUAUUACAAAUAAUUUAACAUGAAUGACUUUCCAUAAAAGCAUUAUUAGCCUCUGGUUUUCGAGAUUUUAAACAUCAGUUCUAGUCACAUAGUUUUCAUCUAAUAAUCAAUGAAUUUUGCACUUUGAGAGUGGAGGUGAAUGUUGAUAGUUGUGGAGUACUUGAUGUUUUUGAUUUUUGAAUUAUCAAAAAUGUAUAAACACGACUAAUUUGUAUACCUGUGCCCAGAUUAUUUAUAUUUUGGAAUUAUAUUGAUAUAUGCACUUUA